UCAACUUCUGAUUUUUUUUAUUUUGUUGCAACUUCAGCGUUCCAACGUAGCUGUUUGUAGCAUCUCAGACUGAAAGUUACAGUCAGAUUUCACAUCUUCUCAAUCGAAAGCAUGGCCGGUUAUGAAGUAGUGAACGUGCACGGAUACGAGGAGUUCUGUAAGGCGGUGUCUGAGAGAAAAGGGAAGGAUAUCUUCGCGUAUUUUUCAGGCAAUAAAGACGCCGAGGGAAAGAGCUGGUGUCCAGAUUGUGUGAAAGCUGAGCCAAUUGUAAGGGGGGAGCUGACUCAUCUUCCUGAGGGCUCAGUCUUCAUUUAUUGUCAAGUUGGAGAUAGGCCAUAUUGGAAGGAUCCAAACAACGACUUCAAGAAGACCCUGAAGUUGACUGGAGUUCCCACUCUGCUGCGAUACGGCACACCUCAGAAGCUGGUGGAGGAAGAGUGCUUCAAGCCAGAUCUGGUGAAAAUGAUGUUCACUGAAGACUGAAUGGUCCCCAGCUCAUAAAGAGCCAACAUUUCUUCACUAAUCAACAGUUUACACUGCUUCAUUCAAGCACUUAAUAAUCACCCAAUUCUGAUCUGAAUAUAAAUUGGUGCAACGGCAUCGCUAGCUGCAUUUUUACAAAAUCAACAAGUCUGUCACAUGCAGCUCCCCGACUCUUUAUUUUGAAGGAUCCAUUUCUUCUUUGAUUAUGCUGUGCAAUCAGUAAAUAAAGUACUGUGUAUAAAUACACAUACACACACUAAUUGUUGAUUCAAAAAGCAACUAGAGAUUUUUAUAUUGUGAUAUUUUUUUUCCCAUUGCCUUGCAAUUGAACUUAAAUAAAUAUUUGAUGUUGAAUAGUUA